GCCUCACCUGCCAUUUAUGAAGGGCCACCUUUUCAACAACAGGAGUCUUUCUGAAGCACAAAAACACAGCAAAAAACUUUAAAUCUAGCCACAGACUGAAGCAAUAAGCCUCUUUGCUUGUUCUGUCGCCUAGCAACCAGGCGAGUUGAAACCUAACACAACUUCAGAGUCAGAGGAGACAGAGGAAGCAGGAAGAGUGUGUGUGCACAGACUCUGAGAGCAGUUUCGGUGCUAAUGCGACAUGAAGAAUUGAAGGACAUGGUGCCAUCUGUAGGCAUCAAAAAUCAACCAGAUAGACAUCGGUGAAGAACAAAAGGAGGAAAAAAAUGCACCAUGUCCAAAAGAAAAGGAGCCAAAGGGGCUAAAGAAACCCUCAAGUCAGCCAAAAAGGCAAUCCAGAUAACACCAGAAGGAAAGCGUAGACUUGUCCUUAGCAACAUGGGUCUAACCGUCUUCCCCAAGUGUCUCUUCAAGCUGACCAAUGUGGAUGAAUUGGACCUCAGUCGUAAUCUUUUACAGAAACUCCCCGAUAGGAUUGGGAACUUCUCAUCUCUUACUAGGCUGGAUCUGCACAGUAAUAAGCUGGAGUCUUUGCCAGAGUCCGUGGGGAACCUGGCAGCUCUGACCCACCUCAACUUAGCAAACAACUGUCUGACGUUUGAGGGUUUACCCUUCUCACUCGGUCGCCUCACCAAUCUGAAGAGUCUCAAUCUGGGAAUGAACUGGCUGGACAACCUGCCUCCCACUUUGGAGAGUUUAGUAAACCUGCAAGAGUUGGGCUUGUUUGAUAACCGCUUCGUCAAGCUGCCAGAGUUUGUUAAAGUCCUUCGCAACCUCACAAAGCUAAACCUGAAAAGAAACCCUUUGGAACAUACUCAUGGGAACGAGGAAAGUAUGAAAAAUAGAAAGCUAGAAGUACAAGAAGAAGUAUACUUGGUCCAUGAAAGCCUUCUAUGCAGGACAUGUCUGAAAAAAUGCAAAACACAAAAGAAAAACCUUUCUGGAGAUGGAGACAAGAAGGAGAAGAAAAAAAGGACAUCUAGUGGACUGAUUACGCCAAACUCAGUGGCUAAACUGAGUCAAAAUGAAUGGAGAGUGAAAAGAAAGCAAAGUGAAGACUACUGGACAAGUGUGUGCUAACAGAAAAGUACUAGAGUCCACAUUUAUGUAAAGUUUACUCUACAAAUAAAGUUUUGUGCUUUAGGAAUUUCAUCUAAUUUAAUCUAAAAAAAACAACAACCGCAAGAUGGACUUACUUGGCGUUGGCGAUCACCUCAGCAACCGCUCUCCCCUUUAAUGCAGGCACAACUCUGCUCAUCCUGACACCAGGAAAUGAGAAGAAUAGUCAAUUAGCUGGUAAAAUGUAAACUUUUAUACUUAAGUGUGCUUAUAUUAAAUAAAUUACCUUUUGUAUGCAGAAA